AUGUCCAUAUCCCCACACUCCCCGUCCCCUGCAAAUCCAAUCGAGUUCUAUGAUCCUCCUCACGAACAUAAUGGACUUCCUCGUUUGUCGGACGCGAUGCAUUCAGUUGCAUCGCCCUCGGCUAAAUUGACGCGAACUGUCGCGAUAAUCAAGACAAAUGCUUUGGAGCAGCGCCUAGACAUUGAACACCGUCUUCUGGAGGCAAAUUUCGAGAUAGUGAAAGAACGCCAAAUGGAGUUUGAUACGGAGACGGACCCCGAUACAUUCUUCGAGCUCUUCGGUGAUGAUGCUCGGUUCCUAGAUGAUCCUGAGCCAUCCUUAUUGUGUCCUGUUACUGACUCCUGCGUAGUGGUCCAGUCUGGGUCUAUAGUCCUUGAGCGCAGACGCGCUGUCCAAGUUCUCCUCACAUUAAUGCCUUCACUAAACGAUGCAAUAAUAGGCGCAAAGGACGAAGAGCAAGCAGAAAUACAGAUAGCGUCUCUGUUUGCUUCCAGCCCUCCCUUUCCCAUCAGCGAUCUCCCUCCCGUCGACGAUGAGCUGGGUUCACACGAUGACUUCGACCCCGGUUCUGUGCGUGUACUUACCCCAUCCCCUGGGUCUUCAGAUGCACGUGCACCCCAAUUUUCGGCACGCCUGAGCCUUAGUUCCAAUGGAUCACCUAGUGGAAAGCAACCUUUUCGUGCACGACCACUUCCAAAAACGCAUCUGACUCCUGAUAUCUCUCCACGCACAACAAAAGCUGCCCUUCUCCGCCAGGGGCUGGCUGUGGACGGUCCCAAAGUAUCUCCGCUCAAAUCCCGAAUGUCCAUAGCUAGCACAGGCCGCAUCCCGCCUCGCAGGGAGAAAGAGAAUGAGGCGGAGAAAGAGAUAGAGAAAGAGAGGAUUAAGAGGACGUUUGCAGGUGUUCCGGGCCACAAGCGCUCGGAAACGCUCACUGGCCUCGCACAACCUGCCCUACCUCCUGGGCGGAGACGUGCAUCAAUUUCUGGCUCAAUCACAAAUGGAAAAGUAGUCGGUGCCAAUGCGCAUGCUGUCUCUCAGCAGAAAUCUGGUUUACCCAGCGAUGUCGAAGGAGAAGGAGAAGGAGAAGAUACAGAGACUGAGCAAGGGCGAGGACGGAAAAAUAUUUUUGAAGGUGUCCCUGGACACAAACGUCGCCAAUCGAUAUCUGUCGCAAGCACGACUGAAGCCCCGUCUAUAGUUCCUAGAACGAACAAGAGUGCAGCACUCAGGAAGCAGGGCGGUCCUCCCCCUAGCAGCUUCAUGUUCCGUACUCCGUCCGCUCCUAAGGUGCCUGGUGGGGCUGGCACUCAGUCGAGAAGCAGCUCUUCUCUCAGCGCCUAUCAUGACACCGCCGGAACAGCCUCUGCUACUCGGGGCCGUUCAAGUUCCACAGUCCCAUCUCGGGCGUCUUCUCGUGCCUCUCACGUCACAUCGAGGGCAAAUUCGAACAAUACAAGUAGCUACUCCUCUCAAGCCUCUGAGAGUUCUGCAGUGAGCACUGCGAGCACGGCCUCGAAUGCUAGCGUGGAUGAACCUGACAGGGCCUCGUCCCAACGAAAUGUCCGUCGUCUGAGCAGCCUCCAGGCUCCGACUAUCGCUCCCCGCGCCAACAAGAGCGCCAUGCUCAGGGCUCAAAAGCUGGCGGCAGAGAUGGCCAAACCCAAGAGCCCUUGGGCCAAUGCCUCUAAGCGGUAG